GGUGCAAAGAUAAAAGGGAUACAUUUUGUCAAUAUGCCAUCAUUUAUAAUACCCAUUAUAAAUAUAUUGAAGAAAUUAUUAAAACCGAAAGUUGCUAAGAGAAUUUACGUGUACAACAGCUUCAAUGAACUUAAUGAUUUGUUUUCGAAGAGCAUUUUGCCAAAAGAGUACGGAGGCGAUGAAAUAACUUGCGAUGAAAUUACAGAGAAUUGGAGAAAAGCACUACAAUCAGAUGCUUGGAUAGAAUACUUCACUGAAGAAGACAAAGUAAUGAGCGAUGAAACACUAAGGACGAGAUUUUUGAAUUCCGACGAUUUCUUUGGCCUUGAAGGAUCUUUUAGAAAACUCGAAGUUGACUGAAUAUUAAAGGCAUUUUGAUCGUUCGUUACGAUUGUAAAUUUUAGGGCACUAACGAAUUUAUUGAAGUAAAUUUAAAUUUGUCAAUCAUGUGCCACAAGAAGAAAGUGACUCCAAAAUAUUCUCUGGUUCAAAAAUUCCUGGUCUGGCAU